CAACCUGCAGCAUCAUGAAUAUUCAUGCCAGUCAAAAGAACUGCACAAUAACUAUCUCAGCUUUGUUUAUGGCUGUUAUAUGAACAUUGACCUGUGUGUUUCUCCACUGAAACUCCUCCUGGAGCUCCAGUGAGUGUGUGAGUGUGCUUCGGUGUGUGUGUUUGUCUGCAGAUCCUCCAGCAUGAGUAAAGACGUGCGUCCGUCGUGGGACAAUCCCAUGCAGUUUGUUCUGGCCUGUGUUUCCUAUGCCGUGGGUCUCGGAAAUGUCUGGCGUUUUCCAUACCUCUGCCAAAUGCAUGGAGGAGGAGGUUUUCUGAUCCCGUAUCUGCUGAUGCUGCUGCUGGAGGGGAUUCCUCUGUUCUGCAUGGAGCUCGCCAUCGGGCAGAAGAUGCGUCUGGGUAGCAUCGGCGCCUGGAGCUCCAUCAGCCCGUAUCUGAGCGGACUGGGUGUGGCCAGUGUGAUCACUUCACUCUACCUCUGUCUGUAUUACAACGUCAUCAAUGCCUGGAGCUUCUGGUACCUCUUCCACUCCUUCCAGUCGGUGCUGCCGUGGGCCGAGUGUCCCGUGAACAGUAACCGGACAGGGUUUGUGGAGGAGUGUGCAGUGGCUUCACCCACGCAGUUCUUCUUCUACCGCGAGACGCUCAACAUCUCGUCCUCCAUGGAGGAGUCCGGCGGCGGGCUGCACAUGGGGCAGGCGCUCUGUCUGGUGCUGGCCUGGGUCAUUGUAUAUCUCUUCAUUGUCAGAGGAGUCAAGUCUACCGGCGUGGUUGUGUAUUUCACCGCUACGUUUCCAUACGUGGUUCUGUUCAUCUACCUGAUCCGCGGAGUGACUCUGCACGGGGCCUGGAACGGAGUCAAGUACAUGUUCACACCUAAAUUGGAGCAGCUGGCGAAUCCUCAGACGUGGAUAAACGCUGCGACUCAGAUCUUCUUCUCUCUGGGUCUGGGCUUCGGCUCUCUGAUCGCCUUCUCCAGCUAUAAUCAUCAUCAUAAUGACUUCGAGAAGCAGGCGAUCGCAGUUUCACUCAUAAACAGCGGCACGUCUAUAUUCGCCAGCGUCGUAACCUUCGCCAUCUACGGCUUCAAAGCCACCUUCAACUAUGAGAGCUGUCUGGAGCGGAACAGGCUGCUGCUGCUCAACACAUUCGAUCUGUCGGAGGGGACCAUCAGUGUUGAGAACGUGACGGCGUGGAUCAGUCAACUGAACAGCACUCAUCCUGACAUCUUCAGCACCAUCACUGACAAGAUCCAGGACUGCAGUCUGGAGGCGGAACUGGACACUGCGGUGGAGGGCACGGGUCUGGCGUUUAUCGUGUACAGCGAGGCCAUCAAAAACAUGCCAGUUCCUCAGCUCUGGUCAGUGCUGUACUUCCUCAUGCUGCUGCUGCUGGGAAUGGGGAGCAUGCUGGGAAACGUGACCGCCAUCAUUACACCACUGGCAGACAUUAAGAUCCUUUCUAGGACACUGAGCGAUGAGACUAUCAACGGUCUGGUCUGUCUGCUCUGUUUGCUGCUGGGUUUGGGCUUCACCAGCCCCUCUGGAAACUAUUGGUUCACGAUAUUCAACGAGUACGCAGCAACUCUGUCUCUGCUCUUCAUCGUCUUCAUCGAAGUCAUCAGCGUCUGCUAUGUCUACGGUCUCAAAAGGUUUGAGAAGGACAUUGAGGACAUGUUGGGUCACCGUCCGCACUGGUACCUGAAGCUGAUGUGGGCGCUGGUCAGUCCACUGCUGCUGCUCUGCCUCUUCAUCUUCUACAUCAUCAACUAUAUACAGGGUGGAGCGCCGACUUACCAGGCCUGGGACAAACACAUGGGUAAAUCCGUGGUGAAGGAGUAUCCAGUGUACGGACAGGUGUUCAUCGCUCUGCUGCUGGCUUCAUCACUCAGCUGCGUCCCCAUUGCCGCUCUAUAUGCUUUCUGCAGGAGGAAAACAAGAUCUGCUGUCCGAGAGGAGCACAGUAACACAAACACUGCAGAGUAACACAAACACCAACCACACAAACACUGCAGAGGAACUCAAACACUGCUGAGGAACACAAACACCAACACACAAAAAACAGAAAGUAGUGAUUUCUAAAUUGACUUUGACUUGUAUUUGCAACACAUUUCAAAAAAAGUUUAUAUAGUAAAGCAUUUAUUGUAAUGUUGCCAUAAAUUUUCACAACACUUUAAAGACGAUUAGGGACUGAAGAUACCAAGUGAUGAAGUGUUUCAGGUGUCAUUUUGUCCCAUUCUUCCUGCAAACAAGUCUUAAGUUGGGCGACAGUACGGGGUCUUCCUUUUCGCAUUUUGCACUUUAAAAUACACCACAGAUUCUCUAUUGGAGACAGGUCAGGACUGCAGGCAGGCCAGUCCAGUACCUGUAUGCUCCUCCUCCGCAGCAGGACUCUGUAAUGUGUGCAGAAUGUGGUUUUGCUUUGUCUUGUUGAAAUAUGCAUGGGCGUACCUG